AUCCAAAAUCAAAAGUAGAUAAUCAACGUGUUUGAUUCAUUCAUAAUCAACACCAGCAAGAAGAAGAAGAGGGGCUUCAAACCCUUCAAUUCAAUUGUUCAAUUGUUUCGAUUGUUCGAUUCUUCGAUGAGUGGUAGCAGUAAUUUUAGACCACCAGCAGAAGACGCCUGGGUUCACACUUACAAGACCUUACUUCCUCAAUGGCAAUCCCUCUCUCACUCCCGCCAGUCAAUAAUCCCAAUUUCCAUAUCUAGAGUUAACCAAUUCGAUGCGGGAAGACUGGACAUUGAAAUGUCAGCCAUGUUGAAAGAACAGUUGGUCAAGGUCUUCUCGUUAAUGAAGCCAGGAAUGUUAUUUCAAUAUGAAGCGGAACUUGAUGCUUUCCUCGAGUUUCUUAUCUGGCGGUUCUCGAUUUGGGUAGAUAAGCCUACUCCAGGAAUCGCUCUCAUGAAUCUGAGGUAUAGAAACGAACGUGCACUGGAAGCAAGAGGAAAAGUCAGAACGGGUUUGGAAGGACCUGGACUUACAGUUGCACAGAAGCUUUGGUAUUGUGUUGCCACUGUUGGUGGUCAAUACAUCUGGGCUCGUUUGCAAUCGUUCUCUGCCUUCCGUAGGUGGGGUGAUUCUGAACAGAGAUCAGUGGCACGAGGAGCAUGGAUUCUGAUACAGCGUAUAGAAGGACUUUACAAAGCUGCCUCAUUUGGCAACCUUCUUUUAUUUCUUUACACUGGAAGGUAUAGGAAUCUAAUUGAAAGAGCUUUAAAAGCUAGGCUGGUCUAUGGGAGCCCUAAUAUGAACCGAGCAGUUAGCUUUGAGUACAUGAACCGCCAGUUAGUAUGGAAUGAAUUCUCGGAGAUGUUAUUGUUGCUUCUUCCUCUUCUAAACUCAUCCUCUAUGAAAAACCUUCUUCGCCCGUUUUCCAAGGAUAAAUCAUCAAGUUCAAAAGAGGAUGACUUUGCUUGCCCCAUUUGCCAGGCCAGUCCAACCGUUCCAUUUCUUGCUCUUCCCUGUGAGCACAGAUACUGUUACUACUGCCUUAGGACACGAUGUGCUGCAGUCCCGGCUUUCAGAUGUUCCAGAUGCAAUGAGCCCAUCGUUGCCAUGCAGCGGCAUGUUAACGAGCCAAAGCAAUGAUUGUUACAGUGGGGAAGCAACCACUACAUAGUAUAAGCACAAGUGUAUAAAAUAAUGCUUGAAAGUAGCAUUACUUUAUUUUCCUCUUUCUAAGCAUUACCUUUGAAUUGAGGGGAAAAUGACAUCUGAAUCUAGAGUUUAUGUUCCAUUGUAGAUCAUUCAUUCAUCUAUGGGGUAGAAAGCUUCAUUCUUUGUCCUUAGAUCCUGUAUAGUCUGGACUGUCAUUUUAUAAAAUUGGUCUGCUUUUAAACUAAAUGCUAGAAGCCAGCUUUCAGAGCCUGCUAUUUUCUGCUUGGGAAAGCCUCAAAUAUGUAAAUUUGAGCAGUGAGUAAUCCCAUUGGACAUGCAAUAAGCAGUGAAAGGAGCAUUUUAUUGAGAUCCUGCAUGUAUUUACUUCCCCAGUCAACAUUUGCUAAAACUCAGCACUUCAUUGUGCUAUGUAUUUACUUUUCUUUCUUCUUCAACGAAUUCGUUUCGAACCCGAAAA